CACGCCCACCCGCGUCCGGGCCCGCGGGAGCCGCCGGCGGGGCUCGGACGAGGGCGGGACUGCCCUAGGGGUCGCCUCGGGCUUCGGGGCGGGGGGAGUUGCUGCCUUGGACUCAGGGGUUCCGCCUUUCUUCGGGAAGCCCGGGGCUAAACCCCAGAGUCGCCCGGCUCCCGCCCGGAAUUCCGGAGACAGCGGAAGGGCCGACGUGGCGGGUGUCUGGUGGUUCUAGGUGCUUGGCCGGGUGAAGAGAGCCAGCCGUUCCUUCUUGGGUCGCGGAAAUGCAGCCUCAGAGUGAUUCCAUAUUCCAGGCAGUUCAAAGAAUUCUGAACCAUAAGCUGAGUUUAGUUCCAGACUUGGAAUGGCCAAAUAUCACAGUGAGGUUCAAAGUUUGAAACUGGAUGAUGAUUCAGUCAUAGAAGGAGUAAGUGACCAAGUACUUGUGGCAGUUGUGGUCAGUUUCGCUUUGAUUGCUACCCUGGUAUAUGCACUUUUCAGAAACGCCCAUCAAAACAUUCACCCAGAAAACCAAGAAUUAGUAAGGGUGCUUCGGGAGCAACUUCAAACAGAACAGGAUGCCCCUGCUGCUGCUCGACAGCAGUUCUACACUGACAUGUAUUGUCCAAUCUGUUUACAUCAAGCCUCCUUCCCUGUUGAAACAAACUGUGGACAUCUUUUUUGUGGUACCUGCAUUAUUGCAUACUGGCGAUACGGUUCAUGGCUUGGGGCAAUCAGUUGUCCAAUCUGUAGACAAACGGUAACUUUACUGCUAACAGUAUUUGGUGAAAAUGACCAGUCUCAGGAUGUUGUAUCAUUGCGUCAAGAUAUUAAUGAUUAUAACCGGAGAUUCUCAGGGCAGCCCAGAUCUAUUAUGGAAAGAAUUAUGGAUCUACCUACUUUACUGAGGCAUGCAUUCAGGGAAAUGUUUUCAGUCGGGGGCCUUUUCUGGAUGUUCCGCAUCAGGAUAAUACUUUGUUUAAUGGGAGCUUUUUUCUAUCUUAUAUCACCUCUAGAUUUUGUACCUGAAGCCUUGUUUGGAAUUCUAGGCUUUCUAGAUGAUUUCUUUGUCAUCUUUUUGUUGCUCAUCUACAUCUCUAUUAUGUAUCGAGAGGUGAUAACACAGAGACUAAACAGGUGAAAAAAUGUGAGUUUACUAAAAUAUUUCAGCUAAUACGUGAAAUCAAACAGAAGGACCCAUGGCAGCAUAUGGAAUUUGAAUAUUAUUAUACGAGCGUAAAACCACUGUAUGACAAACAUUUGAUUUCAUUUGGCAAAUGUCUAGCAAUAUAUGACUGGAAUUUUUACAUGUACAGGUUCUAAUAUUAAGGUUAGAAUUAUAAUAAUAAUUUACAAUUAUAUGCUGAUUCUAUGUUGUCUAUGAAGUGUCUGGAAAAAAUAUGGAAUUAUAUAAAAAGGGAUGAUUUUUAUAUCUUUUUUUUCCAAAAAUUACUCAGAUUAAUUGGAUGUAUAUAGUAAGAUAUUGUUUUACAGUUUAUCCAAUUUAUCUUUCUCGGUGAGUACCUAUAUGGUAAUAUAUUGGUAUGAGAUACGUUUAAAUAUUUUUGUUACAAUAAAAUAUUGUACAAUAUUGGAGGAAAGUCAGUGUUUCUUUCAGUACUAGCUAAGUUUUAUGUACUUGGAGCAGCUGUGCUUUUCCAUUCUGAUAUAAUUGUUUGCUAACAGCUAAAAAUGAAAGAAGAAACUUGAAGUUUAUAAUUUGAUUUCAUAUACUAGCUUAUAAGACACUUCUUAAUCAAUAGAAGAAUUAAUAAGAUAUAAGACGUUUAUCUCCAGUCAGCACUCUUGAUUUUCUCACUUAUGACAUUUAAACAAGAGUUUGGUCCUUUUAUAAGAAUAGUAUAUACAAGUAACUGUAAAGGGAAAUUUUUUUCAGGAACCUCUAUAAUACUGCAAACACAUAGUAGUUUGAUGCAUUUCUAAGGAAAGUAGAUUUUCAUGGCAAUGAGCAUUAAAGACAUUAGGAGGGUAAAGGAACACUAUUUAAAUUUGACAAGAGAAAUUACUGGUGACCUAUACCAACAAAAUGGCCUAAUUUGCUUUUCUCUGGUCAGAAAACUUUUGUAAUACUGUCCCUAGAUGGCAGCAUAGAGCCCAGAUUCCUCAGGUCUAACCGAAUGCGCAAAUGUCUGAGGCAAUUCAAUAAGAAAAGUUAUCUUGCUUUUUUGAUAGCUACAGCUUAAGUCCCCAGUGCUCUCAUCUGCAAUUUUCUGGUUUAGAAUAUUCAAAACCACAAGUGUUAUGAAAUCGUAACUCCCUCAGGUGGCACUGCUCAUUUGUGAACUGCUCAUUUGUGAACUAGUCCUUGAUGCUAAGGGUUAGUGUUGGAUCUGUUACCUGCAGUCACUGAUAGUCAUACUGUCCGUUCAUGUAUUAGUGAGCCUCAUUAUGUAGUGAUAGGGAGAGGAAAACCAAAUCUAUCACAUUCUCUCAAGUUCAUCAGACUAAUUAGUCAUCAAUUAAUGAGAUGCUGAAUGAAGUAUCAGUAACAGUGUUUUCUAAUUUGGGCCUAGGACAAAGCUGCUUGUCAUAGAGAAAAAGUGCUUAAAUAUAGCACAUUAUAAUUAAAGCAUUUCUUGCAUACUUUUAAUUUUAUCGUUAGGAUAGUUAUGUGAAGGCCUUCCUUUUCACAGAUGAAACCCAUAUGUUAUAGGUCAAAGUUUUUUUGCCUGAAGCCACACACAAAUAAGUGACUGAGCAGGUAUUAUACUCUUAGUAGACUCCCUAGUAUGGGUUCAAGUAGAUCUGAAGGUUAUGGAGAGGGGAAGCAGGAGAGAAAGUGGGAUCCUUGGGAAGUCUUUCAGAACACAUUGGAGUACCAUAACUUAGGUGAUCCUAAAGGAAAGGUCUAGAAAGGUUAUAUACCAAGACUUCAUGAAUCCUAAUUCUACACUUCCAAAUCAAAUGUCUAAUACAGACAGUGGCAUGCUUCAUAGAAAACAUUUCAGCGGCAAUCACAAGUUGAAAAGCUAAUGAGUUAAGAGGUUGCUAUACUACCAUUUACCAGACUAGAAACGGAUUUUUCACCAAUUACAGAUUUGGUGUAGGGCUACAGCAGUGUCAUUUUUUGGAAAGGAUUUAAUUUUCUGUGCAUGUAUUCUGCUUUGCGUGUCAUGUUUCUAGUUACAAUUUUAUUGUAAUAUUUGGAAUUCCUUCUAAGACUUUCCUGGUAGAGGUGUAUUGUACCAACUUUGUAACAUACAAAAACACUAUAUAAAGUGAAGUCUUAUUAAACUAAAAAGGGAACAUGUAGACAUCUCAGAAUUUUAGACCUGCUUAUUAUGUCCUCUUUACUGAUCACUGGUAAUAAACAUGUAAGGGAUCUGAGAGAGUAUUUAAAGUAAGUAGUCAAUCAGUGUUUUAAACAUCAUAGUAAUACUUCUAUGAUUCAGAGUUAGAUCAUAUAAAUCAAAAGAACUAUUUGGAUUUUUGUAAAUAGCAAUAUUGUAACUUUCACAAAAACACGGUCCGACCCCAGGAGCAGAAGAUAACUUUGGGCAGCUCUGUAGGGAACAAGAUGAAGAAAUAAUUAUUAUAACUGUCCACUAGAACAGUGGUUUCAGCUACCACAGUUCUCAGCUUUUGAGAGCAACAAGAGACGAAAAGACUUUGUCAGUCCCUGUGGCUGUGCAGAUACAUACCUCACAGGACUAUUUCAGCGGACUCGUGGUUUGGUCCAAACUUUGUGAUUUAAGUUGUCAAGCGGAUAUUCUUUUGAAUAAAAGCAACAUAUCUAAAAUUAAAAA